AUGAUGGGAUCUUCCGAUAAUGAAAAUGACUCGCGAACCGCCUCUGUUGGUGUCCAGCGCAGCCGCUUGAACGACUCGACCGACUCGUCGCGCCCCAACUCGUCGGAUCCAAACCCGAAUCCUCGAAAAAGGCAACGGAGAAAUGGCAAAUCUGCGGUGCCGGACGUACGAGACUUUGUGCCUCAAGGCGCUGCUUUCACUGCAGCAUCCCUAGAGGUAGAUCCGGACAGCCCGUCCAGCUCUGGUUCUGACUCGUCCGACGGCGAUAGCGACGGCAAAUCCACUACGUCCGAUGCGGAGAAACAGAAUACCGCGCGGACGAAUCCUCAGGCACCUGCCAUUAACUGGAACAAGACGAGCAAGAGCGGCAUCAGAACGUCGCUAUCCAGGCGAGCGGACAGGACGGGCGAGAACAAACAGGCUUCUUCUCAGUUCAAGGCCGUCAACGACAAAUUCUGGCGCAGUCGCAGUGCUUCCGUGUCUAGUGAUGGUGGCGAUCAGGAUGUCACGCUGGUUGACAACGAGGGUGACAUGGAGGAAGGAGAACUUGACGAGGAGACAUCCGCAGAGUCAAGUGACAUGGAUCAAUCUGGAGAUUCGGAUGACUCCGUAUCUCUGGAUUCCGAAGCUGAUGACUCUAUAUUGCUGAAUAUUGGCGAUCAGAAUGAUCAAACAGACGGCUUGUCCGCUGAAGUAAACCCUGUUUCUGUGAAUGGUACCGCUGCAGGCGACCGAUCGACCAUAUCAAAGGAAGAAUCACAUCGUCUUUUUUCCCAAAAGUACUCGGUUGCGCCGACAAUACUCGCGGAUCUCGAUCGCAAUGAUAUGGAGGUACAGGCUAGGUGCUUGUUCUAUGACCGCGAAAUCAAUGACAUCAACCUUCAAUUGCCGAUAUCGUGCACCGAAUGCUUAAAAGAGGGACAUCUUGCAGCAGUGUGUCCUACCAAAGAGUGCGUACAUUGUGGCGCCUGGAACCAACACCAAAGCAUAUUCUGCCCAUCCUGGCGGAGAUGUCAACGAUGUCGAGAACGCGGUCACGAUGAAGAACAAUGCUCAUCGCUCCUCAAAGGCUCCGCAUCCGAGGUACCUUGCGAUCUCUGUGGAUCAUCUAGCCACCUGGAACUCCAGUGCGAUAUGAUGUGGAAGAUUCCACGGCAGGAACUGCCCUCGGGGCCCGUGCUGGUCUCAAUCUCGUGCUCCCACUGCACCAGCAACCGCCACCUUGUCGGCGACUGCCCGUCCCUCUCACGAUCGAUGGUCUCCUCAUCAUUCACCCUCCGAGGCAUCGACCCGCACAUGGUGACCAACAUCAACUCAGUAACCGGCGGCAGGCAAGGCGGACCAGCUUCCCGAAGAGGCCAGAGCGGCAUGCAAAUCCGGGGCCGUGCGGACCGACCCUCGGCAUCCUCAGACAGCGAGGACAUGAUGCCCAGGGCGGGCCGCCAACCCGGCGGUCGGAACGCGAACGCGAACACCAACCGGCCCAACAUCCGAAUCGGCAGCGGGAUAGGAAGGGGCAAGAAUCUUGCGCCUGCUGGCCCUCGCGCCUCGGACCGGGAUACCCGUCAGACGUACCGAGACCGUCAGGACUAUGGGGGCCACAAUUCCCGCCAGCGCUCCAUGUCUCCCAACGCGCGCCCGAGCCGGGGUAGAGCCAAUGAUCGCCGGCAGCCACCGCCUCGCUCGCCUCCUCGGAAUCGACCAGAGCCAUCCCGUCAGACAAGAGGCGGAGGAAACGGCGGGGGUCGAGGCGGUCGAGGCGGGCGUGGAGGUGGGAGCAAACGAGGUGGUGCCAGCGGAGGUUCCAACGGAGAUGGCUAUCGUCCGAUGCCUAGUGCCGCAAAAAAGAACUGGGACAGAUACAGACUAUGA